GGUGCUGAAAGGUACAAAAGAUGAAACAAAAAAAUCUCAUUACAGACAAAAAAUAUCUGCCUACAUGGAAAGAGCUGAAGCAAUUAAAAAAUGUAUUGCAAAAGAGAGAGAAGAUGGUAAAUACCACAAGCAAAUUAAAAUUGAAGAGAAUGCAACAGGUUUCAGCUAUGAGAAGGUUUUCCAAGACUACCUUAAUGAGACUGUUACAGAAGUUUGGGUAGAGGAUCCAUACAUCAGGCAUAUUCACCAGUUGUACAACUUCUUACGAUUCUGUGAGAUGAUUGUUAAGGGGCCCUGCAAAGUGAGAACUAUCCACCUCCGCACUUCCUAUGAUGAUGGCAAUGGAAAGAAUCAGCAGACAAGUUGCCUAGAAGAAAUAAAGCAAUCACUAAAGAACUAUGGAAUAACACUGAAUGUCUCAUUUUCAUCUUCGAUCCAUGAUCGAGAAAUAAAAUUCAACAAUGGAUGGAUGAUUAAGAUUGGAAGAGGGCUUGAUUAUUUUAAGAAACCACAAGGUCGAUUUUGUCUUGGAUACUGUGACUUUGAUUUGAGACCAUGUCAUGAAACAACAGUGGAUGUCUUUCAUACUAAACACACAAAGAAAACAUGACCAAAUAUUUAUAUUUAAUUACUGCUCUUCCAAGCUUAAAAUGCCUGCUUUUAAUGUCUCUCAAUUAUAUGUACUGUAUAUUUUUAUGGAAUAAAUUUUUAUAUUUUUGAUUACUUGCAGUUUGUUUGAAUCAAAAUUUCUCUGUAUAUAUAACAAUUCUUCCUUCGGAACUACAAAAUGACAUCACAUCACUCUGCAUGCCUCCACCCUCAUCUACGCAACCUCCUUCUUCAUUCCUCCCCGUGCUCUGGAGAGCUGCAAGCUGUACUCCUUCCCUCCUCCCCGGUGCACAGGCAUUGGACUUUCACUGUGGGCCAGAGGGGAGACAUGGAGCAGCUGGCCACACACUGGCCCUUGUGCCUCACUCCUCAGCCCAAGUGAUAUGUGGAGUGGAACAGGGGGGAAAGCAGAAGCAGUCCAGGCCCUGCUCAGUGGCAGGUGUCCCAUGGGGCCCGACAGAUGGGAGAAGGGGCUACUUGCACACAGGAACAGUUUUAGCAACACUGGUUGUAGAACCCAAAGGGAAAUCCGGGUAGGUCGUGUCUUUGCUUGUUGGGCUGCCCAUUUGUUGGAGGGGCAGCAUGUGCGUAGGGAGGGAGAAAGGGGCAUAGGUGUAUGUAGGGAGGGAUGGUGAGAUAUAGGAAUGGAGGCAGGAAGAUGGGCAGUGUGAGGAUGUAGAGGGGGAAGGGUUAGGGAUGGAUGGUGGGUGUACGAAUGGAAGCAGGGGAAUUGUGGUAUAGAGAUGGAGGUGGGGGGAAGGAUGGAAGGAGGAGGGAUGGGCAGUGGGCCAUGGAGCUCCAGUAUAAGGAUUAGCAGC